AUGUUCCUUCAGAUCAGGUGCGGCCUCAAAGUUGUCAACUCCAAGAACCAGGCGCUGAUCCAACACUUCACACAAAUGAGCAAGAGAAUCAUUGUUACUGGCGGUUCGGGCAAGGCUGGCAGGCAUAUCAUCGAAUACCUGUUAGCUCAAGGCCAUCAAAUCUUGAACUUGGAUCUAGUACCGUUACCAGUCGACUUUUCCCAAAAGGUUCACACUUUACGAUGCGACCUUACAGAUGGCGGGCAGGUCUAUAGCGCUCUUUCAUCCCAUUUCAGACUCACUGAACCGUUUCGAGAGCCUAUCAACGAUCCUCCCGAUGCGGUCUUGCACCUCGCCGGGGUCGCGAGAAACAUGCUUGUCCCUGACAUUGAGACCUUUCGGGUAAACACUCUUGGAGCCUAUAACAUCAUAGAGGCAUCUUGUCGUCUGGGUGUCAAGAAAAUAAUCCUGGCAAGCUCCGUCUGUGUCUACGGAGUUACCUACGCUGAGGGCGAUGUAGACUUUGAAGCAUUCCCUGUAGACGAGAGUCAUGAUCCCAAUCCGAUGGACGUCUAUUCUCUGUCCAAGAUUUGUGCUGAGCGUACGGCGAGGAGCUUUGCGACUAAAUUUGAUGUCGAUAUUUAUGCACUACGCAUCGGCGCUGUUGUUUGCCCCCACGAGUACAACAAAGUGUUUCACAGUUAUGUAAACGAUGUUGAGAAGUGGAAGGUUCAUGGGUGGUCCUAUGUGGAUGUCCGUGAUUUGGGCAAAAUUUGUUCACUUGCGCUAAGCAGAGACGACUUGGGGUAUCAGGUUUUCAACGCGACAAACGAUGAGAUCACGAAUAAGAGAAAUACUACAGAGCUUCUAAAGGAGCAGUGCCCAAACAUACCUCUCACAAGAACCAUGGGUGCUCGGGAGGCGCCUAUUAGUAAUGCAAAGAUCAAAGAGCUCUUAGGGUUUGAGGCAGACUAUAGAUGGAGAGAUUUAUAUAAUGGACAGGAUAAAUAA